AUGACGAGCCGUCUCCGCGCAAUUCUGGGCACUUCUCAUCGAGUGAAAAAGAAAAAGAGGCCGUCCAGCCCUCGACGGACUUCCAAACCACAGAGCAACACCUCCAGCCCAGGACAAGCACCAUAUGACGACUUCACCAACGACCCCGAAGGUCCCCUCCCCGACGCAGGCCUCGUCACUGCCCUCGUCACGGACCUUACCCUCCGCGACGUCCCCCAGGCGAUGCGCUACGCCCAAGCCCACAUGUUCACCCCGCUGCCAGAACAGCCGGCGUCAUGGGGAUUAGGCUCAGCGCGCGUGGCCGAGGUGUUUGGCUUCCGGCAAGGGUUACCUCGGGUCACUACGUCUGCGCAUCUGCAUGGGCUCUUGCGAAGUCCUACGGCUGUGGAAAGGGAGACGGCAGAGCUGGGCAGGGCCGGAGUGGUCAGAAAGGUGAUUGUUCUUAGGCGGGGAAGGCUGCUGGUGGAAGGAGGGGAGCUGGACAGGAUGGUCAAGAACUCCACGGCGCUCAGUGACGAGACGAAGCUCGCCUUCUCGGCGUGGCUGGCGGCCAACCCAACCAAGCUGAAGGUCCCCGCGGCAGACGUCCACCACAAAGGAGGCGAGGGAAAGCUGAUGCCAGAGCAGGCAGACCAGCUGGUCAGGGCAGGCUUCCUCACGGCCUACCACGACCUCGACAUUGGCCACGUCCCCUCUAGCUUUGCCAGCCCAGAGGACCGAGGCACGCUGCUCAGCCUCGCGGCUGUCUCGCGCGCGGCCACCGGCUCGUUCGCUGCUGUGGGCGGGGAGGGUGCCAUCCACAGCGCUGGCGGCAGCGGCGGCGCGAGGUCAGGCGGGGCCGAGUCGCGGUCCAGCGGCGGAGCAACCAGCGACCUGUCCCUCGCCGUGCCGGGCCAGGGCGCAUUCCUGAAGCUCGAGACGGCGGCGCUGGCACACCUCACGUCGCUGCUGCGCAGGUCCAACAGCACGUACGGCGAGACGACCGAGGACCUGCUGCGGGAGAGGUGGGACGGGGGCGUGGCGAAGUGGCGCGAGUUUCGCGGGCUGGCGUUUGCGUGGGUUCUUCAUGAGGCUGUUGGGGCUGGGCUGGUGGAGGUUUUUGAGACGGGCAGUGUGGGGAGGGGGGUGAGAUUGCUGUCGUGA